AUGUCCUUUGCCGUUCAAAUGGGUUUCUUCGGCAGCAGUUGGGGCUCUGCUGCGACCUUAAGGAAGAUGACAAGAGGACAAGCAGCUAUUCUUUCGGCAGCUGCUACCACAGCCUUUCAUAUGGGUCUAUCGGAGUCAAAUGCAUGGACACCAUGCUCCUACACAUAUCACCCUGCCUCUGCUGCUCCUCCCGGUUUCUGGCUCCUAGGGCUAAGCGCCUCAGGGCUGCCCAUCGCUCCUUCCCGAAACGGAAGAUCCGCCAGCCUGGGUGCUCCUUCCUUUCCUAGCCAAGGAGAAGAGGAAGAACCGGCUCGUUAUCAUGCGUGUUAG